GACAGGCCAGGGAUUGGUUUCAUCCAAGAAGGAGCACUCCAGGGCAGGUCCAACUGGGUCCAGGGGCCACGUCAUCCUCCCCGCCAGUGUCUUGUGCAGCCAAUCAGCAUGAGGAUCCUUCAUCCCUUUCUCCUGAUCCUGGCCGGCCAGCUGGGAUCUCUGGCCCAGGAAGAUCUCGAUAGGAAGGCAUUCAUUUUCCCAGUGGCAACAGACACCGCCCGGGUGGUCUUGAAGGCCCAUCUGCAGAUGCAGCCUUUGUCUGCCUUCACCGUCUGCCUGAGAUUCCAGUCGGAGCUGACCCGCAAUUACUCCCUUUUUUCUUAUGCCAGCAAGGUCAGCAACAAUGAGAUCCUGAUCCAUUAUGAUAAUCCCAACACAUACAGCCUCCUGAUGAGAGGUGGCAUAGUCACCUUCAACGUCACAGCAAAGCUGGCCUCGGCAAUUGGCAAGGAGCACAUCUGUCUGAGCUGGGAGUCCGCCACGGGGUUGGUGGACUUCUGGUGGAACGGACAAUCUUUACCCCGAAAGCUUCUGAUGAAAGGCCAGUCUGUGACUCCAGACGCCUUUAUCAUCCUGGGGCAAAAGCAGGACUCCUCUGGAGGUGACUUUGAUCUCAACCAGUCCUUCGUGGGAGAGAUUGAGGACGUGUACAUGUGGGACCGGGAGCUGAGCUCCGAGGAAGUGUGCCUCGUCUGGGACAACCGCCCGGCUGAUGGCUCCGUCAUCGACUGGAGAGCAUUGCAUUAUCAGAUCAUAGGCGAAGUGGUUGUGGCACCCUCCACGGUUUCUGCCUGCAGAGCUGAGUGCUCUUGUCAAACCCUGCGAUGGCCUCAAUAAAAAGGUUGUGCGUUGCCUUUAGAACAAAACCGAGGAUCCUUUUUAGCCCAACAGGUGAAACCUUUGUCUCCCCCCAGCCCUGCAAGCCAACUCUGACAAGUGGGCAAGGCCACCCACCUCUGAAAAGCUCAAAUGGGCUCGGUAAUGUAUCUAUUAGAGCAUCUGAAGUAUGAUACGUAAUUUUAAUAUAUGAUAGCUAGCGAUCACAAAACAUUAUUAAAAACCACCAUAUAUGGCAAUAAAAUAUUCUUAAUACAUUCCUUGCAUUCAAGACUAGUACUAGAUCUUUCCCAAACGCGUUUCAACCUGCAAAGGUCUUCUUCAGUGGGAACUUUGGAUUUUGGGUAGCUGGAUGUCCCUGAGCUCCUUUUGGCAUUUUUAGAUCUUGUAAAUAACAGAUCUGACCUACACCGUAUAUUGUACCGAUGUGUAUCUUGCUCAGUGUUUUAAUUUAGGCCAAUGAAUGAAUUGUAAGAAUCCUAGAUGAUGCAGGCCUCUCAAAUUCAAUAGACUUACUUAUUUUAUCAACCAGCUGCAGAACUGAAUGCACCUGGCAAACCCUGUAAUGGCUGCAAUAAAAAGGCGGCACAGAUUGCCUUUAAAACAGGAUGGAGGAACCUUUUUAGCCCAAGAGGCCACAUCAUUGUCUCCCACCAUCCCUGCAAGCCAACUUUGACAGGUGGGCAGGGCCACGCACCUGCCAAUUGUCUGUCAAUUGUGAUGAUGAUGUCAGGUGACUGAUAGGUGGACAGUCCCGCCCGCCUGACCAAGUUGACUUGCAGGGGUAUGCAAAGCAGUGUCCUGCAGGAUUGAACUCUCUGCUCACCAGCUGAUGGGCGGGGGGGGGUUAAAUCCUGCUGCUUUGGCUGACCGUGCCAGUUCCCUGUGGGUAACUGGUGGGCACAGUCAAUGCAGAAUUUGACCCCCUGACAGCUGACAUCACCCACCCAUUGGGGUGACAUCAGCUGAUUGACAGGUGAGCGUGGUUUGAGGGAAAUGGCCUCGUGAACCAAAUUGGACCCCCUUGGUGGGCCACAACCGGCCCACGAGCCGGAGGGUCCCCACUCCUGCUUUAGAACAGCAAUGUUUUCUGCAGAGCCGCACAGUCAGUAGCAUCAGUCAGGUCUGCCUCAGCUUUCUUGCCGAAGCCACCUAUGAAAUUCAUGUACCGACUUUCUCCUGCACCAGUGCUUUCCUAAUAAAACGUUUAACGUC